CGUGGAUAGCCAACACAACAUGAAAGUCGUAGUGCUCACUGCCCUCUUCGCGGCCACGGCUUACGCCGGCCACGGUUGGGAACCUCACGCUCACGUCCACGAGGUGGUCAAAUACGUUCACAAAAUUGUCCCGGUACCGAAAGCGGUGCCCGUUCCUAAGCCCUACCCAGUGCACAAGUUCGUGCCGGUUCCCCAUGUGAUCCACGUGCCAAAAGCGUACCCAGUCCCCGUGAAAGUGCCAGUGAUCAAGAAGAUCCCAAAGAUCGUGCAUGUCCACAAGACCGUUCACAUUCCCAAGCCGUACCCCGUGCCCCACCCCGUUCCGGUCCCGGUCCAUGUGCCCGUGUACAAGCAUGUCCCCGUGCCCGUUUACAAGCAUGUGCCGGUGCCUGUCAUCAAGCACGUUCCCGUGCCCGUGAAGGUCCCCAAGUACAUCCCCGUGCCGGUGCACAAGAUCAUUAAGGUUCCUCAGCCCGUCUCCGUGCCCGUCAAGGUUCCAGUCUUCAAGGAGGUCAUCGUCAAGAAGCCCGUCGAGGUCGGAGUUCCGGUCUACAUCAAGAAGGAGAAGGUCCACGUCGAGCACGGCUGGUAAAUUACGCCAUAAGCAUGGAGGACCUCAUCUCGGUGGGGAUGCGGUCGGAUCUCGCACCGUACGCCGUCGAUUCGACUGAGCAUCGGCGAACACCCCCACCCUCUCUUUGGUACAAACGCGGCGGGAGCACCGCAAAGUGUCACGCCUCGUCGUGUCACUCACUCAGGCUCCGCCGUAGACCUCUGUGUAUAUUUGUAUAGAUUAUGUUGUGUAUAUACUUGAAGUGUAUCUAUCCCGAAACCUUUAGCCGGAGUAAAUGGAUCAAGCAAAAAGGAAAUAAAUUCUUUCGAAUGAGCAACAUUACGUAACGUUGUUUU